UAACAGCCAUGAAGGCAGUCUGCAUAUUGGUGCUCGUAGUCGCCGCCUGUCAGGCGUGGAACCCGUACCAGGAGAAGUACAGACCGGUUUACUAUCCGUAUAUACCGCCGGCGAAGAAAUGUUGGGUCUACCUUGAUAGGGCUGCGGAGUACAAACUAAGCCACGUGCAGUCGGGCUAUCCAGAUCAUUACAUCAAGUUGGAGUUGCACAAGAAUCCGAACCUGCGUGUGGUGUUGUACGGCCAGCCUGCAAUCCCUGUCUACCCCGUUAAGCCAGUCCAACCCGUGCACCCCCUACCACCGCAUCGUGGACUCCUCCCUGAUCAUAACAGACUCGUUGCAUUCGGAAACAAGUUGGCAGGAGUCCUGCAUCGUUACAAAAGAUCAGUGGUGGGGCACGGUUCAGUGAGAAAGGUGUACGGCAAGCUAGUCGGUGAGGUGUGUCCAAGCUACCAGUACACCCUGCGUCAGUUCUACUCCUACAGCGGACGAUGCUGGGUGAUCAACCCGGACUACCAGAAAAUCAAAUACACUCGAUGUCACGACUCGAACAACCGGAACUGCAAAUUCUGCACUGAGAACUCAGCGCCGCGACAUUACGCGCACAACCACUACGCCCAGAAGCAACGCGUCAGUAAGUGCGUGGAGUCGUACGAGACGGUGUACGUGUGGGCGUACUGCGAGAAGCUGGCCCAGUACAGCAGAAUCAGGCGAAUCACACUCCAUCUGCCGUACCGCUGUAACUGCAAGAUCUACGAGUGUUGACAACGCACAGACGCGCGUUACGAUUAAAGCUGUAUCCUAGUCGGACGCGAGCGCGGUGCGAGCGAUUAUUUUAGAAACCAUAGAUUUUCAAUCGCCGUAUUCUAUAACCGCUCGCGUACGGCGCGACACAGUACCGAGGGAAGUCUUUCUAUUUUUACCACGCGCGGCACGAGCACCAAACAUAUAUUAACCAAUCGGACAAGUUUUACUUGGCGGUUUUAACUGUUGAUAACAAUUUCAAAAUGGAGACUUUUGUUACGGCCCCGUCUGGUUAGGAUUAUAAAUAUUAUGGCAUCGGUUGCUUGCAUCGCUCACGUCGCUUGUGUAGCACGCGUCCGGUUAGGAUACAGCUUAACAGUAGUUCCUGUCAUAUACCCGAGUCUGUCUAUGAAGUUCUCCUUUUAUAACAACCUCGUAUUUGAUCUACACUAAACAUCAAACGAAACGCAAAUAUAAUUUUCAUUUCUAACAUUAAAUUGUAUUGUUAUGUUUUUUUUUAGAACUGAAGUAAGGAAUGUUUCAGUUAACGAAUCGCUCUACAUAUUUCAAUUACUUUUAUAUGAAUUCAGACAUAUGGAUAAGGACCAUACAGCUAAUGAGAGAAGAAACCCGUUUUUAGAAUGGAGAUUCAGGAGAAUUACAGGUCGAUAUUCCUUUUUAUAAUUCCUCAGAACUGAACGUUUGUAAUCCUGUAAAUCUGUUCUGAAUACAGACUGACCAUUAGGCCUACUUUGAUGUGCGUUUCUUUUGUUGUUCAGUAUAUUAAAGUAAUUAGCAGUUUGGAGUUAACGUGUAGGAUUCUGUCGCUGUCAAACUAAAAUAUCUACUAUACUAGGUCAAACUUUGUUAUCUCGAUGUUGAAGAGAAUCAUAAUGGUGGUUCGAGAUAAACAUGACUGUUGUUGGUUGAAAUUAUACCUUUGAGAAAUCUCUAUAUUUCAUGAUAUCGUGGGUUCGUAAGUUUAUAAGGGUCGAGCUAAAAAAAAAGUUUGAUAACAUAUAGAUAAUGCAAUUUAGUAGUUAUAUUUAGAAAAACAAUUCUGUAAGUGUUUUGUGAUGACUAAUUAUUUAUUUUUUUAAAAGUCUUAAUGGCAGUAGCAGCGGCACAGAAAUACAGGUGUUAAUUUGAUAAUUUGCUGGUUUAAUUCACUUUAGAUCAUUAAUAAAACGAUGUACACAAACUGUUAUAUUAUAUUUCGUUCAAUCCUCUUCUACACAAAUUUUUUUAGUAUUCUAUUAUGCGUUGUUCUUCAAAAAUAUUCUUACAAAAUAGAGCUGUUUCUUAGUAAAUAGUUGGAACAUAA